AUGGACCUGUCCAGCCGCCAGGAAGGUCCCAGACCGUUCCGCUCGAGACGUGAUCGACCUUGCGAUGCGUGUCGGGGACGGAAAAUAGCCUGUCGCAUCGACACAUCGCCCCCAUGCGCGUUCUGUGAAAGUCGCGGAAGCACCUGUACUUUCCAGCAAGGCCCGAACAACAAGAGACGGAGGGUCUUCUCCAAUUCGAUGCCCAAUAAUCACUAUCUGCCGCAGCCGGACAGUCUGACAUCGAUCCCUCAGACCUGGGAGGACUUCACCGCGGAAGCGUUCGACAGCACCCUCUUCGACGGUAUGGAUCUUGCCGAGGAAGGGAGUCCUACUUUCCAGAACCAAAGGUCGCCUCAACAGCCACAUACCGCGGAUGGACGCCACGCAAGCACAAGCCCCCGGCAUUUUCGGCCGCAGAGCCAGCGGCCGUCGUUGUCUGGAAAUGCCAAAUAUCACGACUCCAGCGUCCUUCAUCGAUCUCAGGUCCCGCCGGAUACCGGCCAUUUGAACCGUCAUGUGAUGACGGAGUUGAUGAAAGGCACAAAUCAGCUCGAAAUCUCCCGAAUCGGCUUGAGAAGGACCAAGGAUCGCAGUGACGACUCGUUGACCGGUGAAAGCCCUCAAAUAUCAAUGGUGAGAGAGGAUCCACCUUUUCUGAUCAGCGGCAAGUUGUGCAUGGACUGUGCAUCGUGGUCAGACAUAGAGAGCCUGCUCUUGGGAAAGCAGCGCGACGAACUGCUCCGACUGUAUUUUCGGUUUGUCCAGCCAUUGUUUCCCAUUCUCCAACAAGGCGACGGGGCCUACGGCGACACUCACGGCGACCCUCCUCAAGACACUGCCCCGCUUGCCCUUUGCGCUUCGGUCUACGCAACGGCUCUGCCAUUUGCCAUUCACAAUGACUACCUGAGUGCCACACUGACAGACGCAAACGGCAAGCGGGAGCAGUUGUACACGAUCGCGAUUGCAGCUCUGUUGCAGACGGCACAUUCACCUUCCAUUGAAGCUCUGCAAGCCUGUCUCCUUUUGCUGCAGAAAGGCCCAACCAUCCAGCAUCAAGGACUGACGCCAACAUAUUCAUGGCUCGCCUCGGUCGCAGUCACAAUUGCCAAGUCUCUGGGCCUGCAAUACGACUGCAGCGCAUGGGAGAUACCCUUGGCUGAGAAGCAGCUUCGUAACCGACUAUGGUGGGCCACGUAUACGAUGGAUAUCUGGGUGAGCGUUGACUCGCCGGGCGGGCGAUCAAUUGUGUCGGACGACUACGACGCGCCUCUGCCAAAGUCCGGGGACGGAUUGCCUGGCGAGUACGAGGUUACGGGCUACGGCAACGAGUUCGACCGACUCGUGCUUCUGACGCACCUUCUCGCGCAGAUCCACGAAACAUAUUAUACGAUCCGAGCGGCAAAGCAAACUUCAUCCGACUUGUUCAAGUCCCUCGACUUCGCCCGUCCGCUUCGCUCGGCUCUCAGUGAUUGCAGGCAGAGUUUGAAGGCAGACCUCCCCCUGAACUCUGGCGAUGAGCCCGGGAUGAGCGCAUCCGUACACCUGGCUGCGUGCGUUGUGUCGAUCGUUCUGUUUCGCGCCCUCCUUCGACCUGUCCAAUGCGGCAGAGCCGGUGCGUCACCGGUGGAAAGCCACAAGUCGGCAGCGGCAGCGGUCAUGACUGGGUCGGUCAACUGCGCGAGGGAAAGCGUUGAGCUGUUGGAAAACAUGGUGUCCAUGGUCGGUCCGUGGAAUGCGUUCUGGCAUUCCUGGUCGCAGGGCAACUUUGCCAUUGUCAGCACGUUUCUGGUGCAGCUGCUGCUCAUGACUGGGGAUGGCGAUGGGAUGAGAAUAGAGGUAAGCGAGCUGAUUUCCCGCUGGAAGCGCGCCAUACGUGUCAUAGCUGGGAGUGGCGGGUGGGGGAGCUCUCUGAUGAGUAUGGCGCUCGGCAGACUGGAUUCUCUUCUCAACCAGGCUGGGCUGUGA